AUGUCCCCUGAUGGAAAAUACAUUGCCAGUGCUGGAUUUGAUGACACAAAGAUUAUGUGUGGAGGGUGGAGGCAGCAUUCAAACAUCAGGGGUACUGAUGAUGCUAAUGCCAAAACCCUGAUGAUGAAGUCCAAGGCAAGUCAGUUCUGUGUCUCUUUCCUACUUGAUCUCAUCUUUUUCACUAGGGACAUCCAGCCCGACCGAACCAACAAGCCAAUGCCAGAGGUUCAGCGAGAUAUGGCAAUGAUUUCUUCGGCAACGAUACGAACUGUAAUGCUUCAUCUGGAAGCCCAUCAUUUUUCAUUCGUUGGCGUCAUUCUCCUCGGUCCCAUUCAUUUCGGUACUCGGCCUGCAAAUACACUUCAACCAAUACCGUGCCAGUCCCGACAAUGGAAUUUCACCUUAUUUCCUAGAGGGACCUCUAGCCGCAUCAUCAAUGUAGCUCCUGGUCGUAAGAAAAAUAGAAUUGCCAUUGCCCCUCCUACCAAGGCAGAAUUGGAUGCAGCUAUGCAACGUGCCAACCUGCGCUGGGGACACAAGGGUCUCCAGGACGACCAACACAAGUUCAAAUUCAAACUCAUACUCAAGGCUCGACUGGUGGAACAGGAGAUGUUUCCUACGAAGUUAACUGCUGUGGACUCUUAUUUAGUUGUCAAUUACCGUGACUACCAGAGAGAUGCUAUUGAUGUAUAUCCUACUACCCGACGUGCUAAUAAGACAGUAGUUCACCCUGAGUGCAUGUCUCUGAUACUCUGCUGCUCCGAUCAAUGGAAUGCCUUCCCCCUCGCGAUACCCCCUUUUGCAAUACCCCUUCUGGCUUUCUGGUUGAAGUGUCUGUCGAGUGUGUGUAUACAUCUGAUCCGUCAUAGCUCAAUAAGGAGGACAGUGGCACCCCAAUCCGCAGCUCAUGCUGCGACCUCACCUAUGCCACCUGGCGUCAACACCCAUCCGCAUUGGAAGGCUGGCUCCUGGCAGUAUAACCUUGCAUAUAACAUGAAUGCAGGUUCCAGUGUUCCCUGGGCACCCGGAAUUGGGCGAGCUCAGAACGUCCCCGCUAACUUUAAUCCUUACAAGCGCAUCCCGUACCAAACCCGAGCUACUGGCAGACACUGGCUCCCUGACAACUGGUCUUGGUUUGGCGAACAUGGUCCCUGCGAAGUGCAACAGAUUGAGAAUCUACCAGAGAUGUACGAGGGGACGCAGCGCCACAAACUUCGUGGAUACGGAACCCUUCAAGUCUGUUACCGACGGAUGGAGCAGACCGCUCUACCCUGA